AUGACUCUCUCAAGGAAAUGGUUACGCCGGCUGGUUGUGCUGCUAGGCGCUCUCACAAUUCUAUUUCUUGUGCUCUCCAUCACCUUGGAUACAUCGCCAACACCUGUGCAACUGAAGUCGCGAGGGAAUAAUCCACCUAUUGCUUCUGCUGCUUUUGCUGUUUCUUCUCAACUGGAUACUGUGCAGGUCAAUCGCAGUUCCCGUCACCGUGCCAGGCAACUCGAGAGAGUCACCUAUCACCCCAUCUAUCGUCAGGUGAUCGUCAAUGCGAUGCCACGUGCUGCUACUGAUGCAUCUUCCGAUAAGCUGCCUAAGUCCGCUGUUCUUAGUGCCAAGGAAACCUAUGAGUUUUUCAAGAAUAUCCUACUCAUUGUGAUAUUCUCUCCCAAAAGAUUUGAGCUUGCGUAUGACGUUUGGCAACACUACCGUAUCUUUUUCCGUUAUAUGACUUUUUGCUCUUCUGUGAGUACAACUGUAGAUGGAAUACGGAUCGACGGCUACAAUGUUGUCUUUGGCAAUAUGCAAUAUCUUGCUGCAUCGCGUAUUGUUGAGAAUAUUACACGCACUGCGAAGCUCCGUAGGGGUGGUGAUGAUGGGAAUAAGACAAGUUUUCCUUUUGAAGGUUUUCUCUUCAAUGCUGAUGACUUGUUGCUAAGUCCUUGGGCUAUUGCUGCGUCUCGGCUUAACAAGAGUAGCACAUGGGCAAGUAUGAUGGGGAUUGCCAAUGUUAAAUCCAAUGCCUGGGUUUUACCAGUAUCUGGAAUGUCAGUGGAGAAGCAAUUUCGCUAUUUGCGAUGGCCAUACUUUCGUAAGAGUAGAGAGCGAAUGUACAAUGUAAUUCGGAAAGGUGGUGAACCCUACGAGAAUGCACUGAGGGCAGCCGCAGAGGCAACGUCUCGCAAAAUCUAUUCAGAGUCGCAUUAUCCCGUAAAGUUACGAAAUCUUUCUCUUCAUGCUAAUGGUGUAAUGUUCUAUACCAUUGUUGACGCGUACUAUGUCCCACGAAAGCUGGUGACUGGAUUUGUAGAUGUUACCGACAACAUGGCAAAGUACUUCAUACAAAUGGAGUGUGCCAUCCCUACUGCAUUACGUAUCCUGCAACCCACCUACGAAAUGCUGAAAGUACAAUACUACUGGUCAUCUAGUAAACAGGAGGAUUGUGUACGGAGUCGAUGGACGAUGAGUGUACAUGGUUUCCAUAGGUGUCGUCACGACCACCGGUUCGCAAACCUCAUUUACUCCAAUGACACUCUUCGUAGACGUCUGUAUGAAGACCGUGAGCUUCUGCGUUAUGCUAAGAAUCUAAAGGGUCUUGAAUGA